AUUUCCAUAAUCGUUGCCAUAUAAGCAGGUUAACUUCGUGUCCGAAAUCCGUAUUGAUUCAUCCUUGAGGUUUUCUUUCAAUAAAAGAAACACAAUUAUCUAAUUUCUUGUUAAUUAGUGUAAAAUGGACAGCACUAAAUUGGACAUAUCCGCUAAGCCGGAUAAAGAAUCGCCGUCCGCUGUCUACAAACAGAUUCCUGAAGUUGAUAUGGAAGAGGCGGCCGUCGAACAAUCCAAACGGGUUUUAAAAGCUAAAAGUAACGGAAUGGAGAAAGACGGUGCAGACGAGAAGAUGCUGCCAGAAGAUGAUGUUAAAGUAGGUGACCAUUCGAAAAUUAAUGUGGCCGAUGUGAAAUUCGUUUCGAAUGAGAAACAGAAUGGUGACGCAAAAGUUGAUAUAGGUGAAAUCAAAAGUGCAUUUGUUGGUCUGACCAAAGAGGAAUUGUUGAAAUGCGCUAACGACCCCUUUUGGGUGAGAUUACGAUGGUUCUUAUUUAUUUUUUUCUGGUUGCUUUGGGCCGGUAUGCUGGUUGGAGCAAUAUUGAUCAUCGUCGCUGCUCCAAAGUGUUCACCUCCUGAACCACGUACUUGGUGGGAAGAAGGACCCUUAACAGAAGUAGAUGCAGACGUCACCGAGGACGAAUUGAAACAGUUAAAGGAUAGCGGAAUUCAAGGUGUUAUUGUUACAUGGCCGGAUGAUGUAUACAUACCGAUCAACAUUUCGCAUAAGUUUAUCUCAUUCCUAAAACGAUCCAAUGAAACAAAAAUAAACGUAAUUGUCGAUUUGAAGCCGGGAACAUCUUCCAAAUGGUUUUCUAAAGCGGAAGACAAAGAAAAUGACGGCGAGUUUACAGACUAUUACAUUUGGGCUCAGCCGAAGAAAUCUACUUCAGGAGAAGACAUGGCACCAAACAACUGGAAAUCCAGGCAGAAUACGUCAUCGUGGAAGUUCUCUCAGAAACUCGGAAAAUAUUACUUAUCGCCCGAUGACUCGCCGCAGCUGAAUUUCACUAAUCCAAAGGUGGUGAACGAGUUUUCAAAUGUGCUGCACAGUUUUAUUGAAGCCGGUGUGAAAGGGAUUCGAUUAACUGGAGCUCCGUAUUUGUUAGUAGACCCUGGUUUCAAAGACGAUGGAAUUUCUCAGUUGAUUGGUUUUGGCCUCACUGAUUAUGGUUUUUAUACACAUACCAAUACCGAAUAUUUACCGGACUUGGGGCGUCUUCUAAAUCAAUGGAGGGAGAUCGUUAAAGACAAAGCAGAGGGAGGCCCAUUUAUGCUGUCUGAAAGUCUGAAGGAUUUGGAUGCAUUUAAAGUUAAUAAUUCUCUGGUUAUUGAUCUUCCCCUACAGGCGAGGGUGUUUAGUUCCAAUAAGCAGUUAUUAGCUCCACAAAUUAAUAAUGAUCUCAAUAGCGUAUUCUUAAUUUUAGAAAACAAAUAUUGGCCACUUUGGCAGCACACUUCUUCUGCCGUACCAGAAAAUGUAUUAAACAUUGUAACAAUGUUACUCCCUGGUGCAACUUUGUUAAGCAAAAAUUCCACCAUUUCCAAGGAUCUGUUAACUAUACGAAAAUCAGAUUCGGUUAUGCAUGGCAACACUGAUAGAUAUUUAGUUGCAAAUAAUACUGUAUUUGCAUACAUAAGAUUCGCACCAGGAAAUCCGGGUUACAUAGUCAUGUUCAAUCCUUCAUCAGAGAGAGUACUGGUUGAUUUGCCUACAGAAACAUCAUUAAAAUUCGAUGAUGUUACAGUUCAGUAUUAUAGCAACAAUUAUAAUGAAACUAAUGUAGUAAAAAAGAAAGCCACCGAUCCAACAAAAGUUCCUUUGUCUCCAGAAUCUGCCAUUGUGAUUUCUUAUGUGCCACAAUCUAAGUAAACAAUAACAUAUUAUAUAUUGACGAAACAUAAGUAUGCUUAGACACAUUUGCAUUGAAGGGAUACAUAGGUUUCAUUUCACAAAUACAUGGUAGUUUGAAAGAUUGUACUUUAGUUGGAAGUUAAUAAAUGUUUAGACAAUAAAUUGA